AAUUUAAAAAAUACGGUCGAUUUCACGGGCAAUGGUGUAAAUAAAAAUUUAUCAUCCGUUGCGCAACAAUCGUCUUGUUUAUUCGCUGUUUUUUUUUUUUUUAAGAGUUGAACAACAUAAAGAAAAAUAACGGCCGUAAACGCAUAAAAUAUUUCUUCCAUACUCGAAAAGGGAUAAACGAUGAAAGAUUUUAAAUGUAUCUGAAACUGAUAUGGCUCAAGUAUGGAAAAAUGGCCAACAAAUAAUAUAAAUUAGCGACACUAUGCCAUUGGCUGUUGUCUGCUCUUGUCAAGACGCUUAUUUGUACACAGGUGUAGUGUGCAACACGUGCGUGCUCGUGGACACAGUACCGUUGGUAAGUUCGCCGUUUGUGGUAGAAUUUUAGACGACAUGGGCGUCCACGACAACACAGAUUCGAAGUACAAUGUUAUAGGUACUUCCAGCUUUUCAAAAUUAGCACUGAAACGCCCUACUACCGUCGUGUUUAACGAGAGCCCCAGCAAAAUUCAAAAACACGAGGACAGUCAAAAUGUUCCGACAGAAAAUGUGGAUCGUGGUAACGUUAGCAUACAACAACAAAGGAAAUCUUUACCAGUCUACAGGCUUCGUAAGCGAUUGCUCGACGAGAUACGAAAGAACAGCACCCUUAUCAUCAUCGGCGAGACCGGUAGCGGUAAGACCACGCAGAUCCCUCAGUUACUUCUCACCUGCGGGAUAGCGGGUGCAUCCGGUUGCAUUGGUAUCACGCAACCACGAAGAGUGGCCGCGGUGAGCGUGGCCAGGAGGGUGGCCCAAGAGCAGGGCGUGGAAACGGGAAAAUUGGUCGGUUACUGCGUGCGUUUCGAGGACGUCACGUCCCCCCAAACGAGGAUCAAGUAUCUUACCGACGGUAUGAUGGUCCGCGAGGCGAUGUCCGACGAAAUCCUCUCGGACUAUUCGGUGGUGAUUCUCGACGAGGCCCACGAAAGAUCCGUCCAGACGGACGUGUUGCUCGGUGUGGCGAGACGAGCGCAGAAUCUGCGGAAGCUGAAGAACCUGCCGCCGUUGAAGUUGCUCGUGAUGUCGGCGACGAUGGACGUCGAUAAGUUCGCCAAGUAUUUUCAAGCACCGGCGGUGUACUUAGAGGGUCGUCAGCAUCCCGUGAAGAUUUAUCACGCCGUCAAGUCGCAAGAAGAUUACGCGUUCUCUGCCCUUGUUACCGCCUUCCAGAUUCACCGCGAUAAUCCUGCCAACGAGGAUAUUCUGGUGUUUUUAACCGGACAAGAAGAAAUAGAAGCUGCAGUAGCGAGUGCAAGACAAGUAGCUAAACAGCUGGAUGGACAGGGGUAUCCACCGUUAAAGGUUUUUCCAUUGUACUCGUCUUUGCCCACGCAUCAGCAAUUGGAAGCCUUCAAACCAUCCGUUCCAGGAAUGCGGAAACUCAUUUUAGCUACCAACGUGGCCGAGACGUCCGUUACUAUCGGUGGAAUUCGACAUGUGAUCGACACCGGAGUGGUCAAAGCGAGGACUCAUCAUCCGACGACAGGAUUGGAUGUGCUCAGGGUGGAAAAAGUCUCAAAGGCGCAGGCAUGGCAGAGGACGGGCAGAGCUGGCCGCGAAGCGCCUGGAAAAUGUUACAGAACCUACACGAAAGAAGAAUUCGAGAGGAUGAAGGAGAUGCCGGUGCCGGAGAUACAAAGGUGUUCCCUAGCGGGCGUGGCGCUUCAGUUGCUCGCCAUCGGGGUUGAUAUCACUACCUUUGAUUUUAUGGACAAACCGCCGAACGAAGCCGUAGACGCCGCGGUGACCUGCUUGGAGAACCUCGGGGCCAUUAAAGGUUCUCCGCCACAGCUGACUACACUCGGCAGAACGAUGUCCUUAUUCCCACUGGAUCCAAGGUUCACCAAGGUGAUCCUUGCGUCGGUGGAGCAUCAGUGCCUCGAGGAGGCGCUUACAGUCGUCGCAUUGUUGUCGGGAGAAUCCAUUUUCACCGAUCCACCUGCCAGAAGACAACAAGCUUACGUCGCCAGAUCAAGAUUCGCUUCACCCGAGGGAGACCACGUCACGAUGCUGAACGUUUUCCGCGCAUAUACGAGCACGAAGCAGAAGAAGGUCUGGUGUCACGAGAACUUUAUGCAUCAUAGACAUCUGGAGUACGGCGUCGAGGUGCGACAGCAGCUCGCCGCAUUGGCGAAACGCGCGAAUUUGGAGAAGACGAGCUGCGGGAAGAAUACGGAGCAACUUAGGAAGGCGCUGCUCGAAGGCCUGUACGAUAAUCUCGCGGAAUUGCAGAGGGAUCAAACCUACGUAACCGUGAGCUCGAAGCAGCCGGUAGCUAUACAUCCUUCCUCGGCGUUGCACGGUACCAAGCCACCGCUAAUAUUGUUCACGGAGGUCGUGGCUACUGGAAGAUGUUAUCUUCGCGGUUUGUCUCUCAUCGAACCUUCGUGGCUAACUGAAAAAGGACUCAAUACUGGGAAACACGACUAAGGAUGUCUUAGAUCCGCGACUGAAUGCUAUUGUAAAAACGGAAACCGCUUAUAACCCUGUCGUUCGUAUUUGGUUCGAUUGGGUUUGUGUAGCCUGUACAGUUCUUUAAUAAAAAUUUCUAUUGUCUCGUUGGGGAUAACGCCUGGUCUAUGGUCACAGUCACUCUUUUUGUUGCAAAACUUUCUUCUUUUGUUUUGUACUUGAGAAUCGUAAUCGUUGUUUCAGGUUCGGAAAGGUGCUUCGGUUAUUUAGAGGAAGUAUAAAUUUUACGAAAGAUCGGAAACGGAGAUAUGUGUGGAAUUCGGAGACAUUUUGGUUACGGUAGUCGUGAUUUAUUUUUAGUUUCGAGUUGUACGUUAUCGCGAUAUAAGUUGACGGGAUACUAUAGUCGAUGCAAACAUUUAUGUUACUUUAUGUACACCUUAUUAUACUAUUUAGUAUUCUUA